UUUUAAUAUAUUUACUAGCAUGUAGUUUAAAUACUUCUGAUCUGAACAAAUAUUGACCAAGAAGGGCACGGAAUUUCACGAGAUAUUUUUAUCAGUCUGGCAAUGCAGUCAAACUCCAGAAAAUUUCCAAUUCAGUUUGUUCUUUUCUUGACCCUUUUACUCGGGGUAGUGAUUUGGAUAUUAGCUGUGUCGCGUAAUUGUUUGUACGAAAACUACUCGAAAUAUUUUGUUAUGCCGGUCAAUUCGACAGAAUUAACUUCAACAUUGCAAAUCCAAUACACGGAGCAGUGGCCUAAAAAGGAAAGAACAGAUUUCAACCUAACUGUAUUACAAAAUAAACUCGAGGAGAGACUCAAAGAAGCGACAGAUAAAAAGAUUAUCGUGAUAUGGACAGCCGGUAUACCUUUAAAAGGUGGAGUGGUUGGCGGAGUAUGUGGAAAUUGCGAAGUUACUUUGAAUAGAACAAUGAUAUCUGACAAUAAAACAGCCGCAGUCGUUGUGUAUUUUACCGGUGCUACACCAGAAAAUAUGCCUCCGCUAAGGUCGAGGAAUCCCAAUCAUUUGUAUGUUUACUGGACUCUGGAAUCUUCUUCAUCCGUGCGCUUCAAAUAUCACAGAAAUUUGCGCUACGAAGAUGAAUAUGGAUUCAACGCAACGAUGACUUAUAGGAGAGAUUCAGAUUUUCCUGACAAACUGUAUUCGACCAACUCAGUUAUGGCAAUCGUUAAAAGCAGAAACGUCCCGAAAGCGGAAGAAUUACUCAAAUUAAAAACGAAAAAAUCUCUUGUUGUAGUUUCCGAUUGUGCUCAGCAUUCAGUCGCAAAACAAAGGAUAAGGUUAAUAAAAAAAAUCAUUGCAAAAGGUUACGAAUUGGAAGGAUACGGCGGGUGCUUCCCUAAACAGGGAAAAUUUGCGGAUGGAGCAAAAAGGGAUUCACAAGAAUUUUUUCGCGCAAUUCGUGCUUACAAAUUUUAUUUUUCGUUCGAAAAUUCUUAUCACUGUAAAGACUAUAUUACUGAGAAGUUCUUCAAAAACGCAUUUCAUUCGUAUACUGUUCCAGUAGUAUGGGGAGCAACCAAAAAAGAUUAUCUUGCGUUUGCACCAGCUGGAUCUUUCAUCUAUGCAGAAGAUUUCGAGACAUCGAAUGAACUUAUUGAAUAUUUAAGAUAUCUAGAUCAGAACGCCACUGCCUACUUGGAGUACUUCCAGUGGCACAAUAUGGAUCCAGAUAUGGUCCCUGGUUGCAAAAGCAUUGGCCGUAUUUGUCAACUAUGCAGAGCUUUGUACGGAAUUAACUUUGAUGAUAUUCACAAUCCUAAUUUUGAUCCAGAAAAUCAUCCAAGGCCUUUAUUCGAUGACGGCGUUUCUUAUCGACCUGCAAUUUCCGUUAGAGACUGGUUGUAUCAUGAGGACAACAAAGAAUGUUUUGAUAAAUAUUAUUGACAUUAUUUUAUAUGAAAACAAAAAUUUCACCUAAACUUUAAACAUUACGCCAUAAUUUUUAAAGGGGCAAUGAUUACAAAACAUCGCAGACCAUUGUUCAAUAAAAAAUAAUGAAAUGAUAUUAUCAUUAUAUUCAUAUUAAAUUGGUACUUUACAGAAGCAUGUAUGGGAUGUGGCAUAUUUGUAAAACUUCUUAAAUAUAAUCAACCCCCGAAAAAUUAUUCUAAUACUCACAUCCCUACUCACAACACUGUAUAUCAGUGCUGAAACGAUGUUUUGUUGCAACAUGCUACACAGUUGCAUUAUAGUGAAGUUACGGAAACGCAAUGAAUUGGAGAGAUAUAGCGACGGAAACGGUGGAAGUUGUGCUCGAUAAAACCAUUGUAUAGAUAGCGAAUAUAUAAAACGUGUCGUGUGUUGCUACGUGUAAUGUGCUGAACAAAAUUAUUAUGCUAUAUAGCGGCGUAAGAUAAAGACAUGGCAAUUAUGUGGAGACAGAAUUUCAGCAACAUUUGAAUAUAAUGUCCAGAUUAGAUCGAGUUUAGUCGAUAUGUUUAUCUGGUUUGAAUGGUACUAGAUGAUUUGAAAGAAAUUAAAUAUUGCGUUCGACCAUAUAAAUAGUAAUUGAAUUAUUGUAUUUUGUUUAGUCAAUAUAUAUUUAAAGUAUCACUAUGUUUAUUCGGCAAUCAUACGUCUACUGAAAAUUGUUUUAUUCGGUCUAAAAUUGAUCUUGUAUAUUUCAUUUAAAUAAAUUCAUCGAAUACUUGGUCGCAACGCUUACAACGUCAAAUUGCACAAACUGUCCUUAUUCCUUGAAUGUUGCUUGCAAGAGAAAUGUGUGUUAGUAGUCGUGACGGCCACGUCUCAACGUGUGCGAUUGAAGAUUUGUAUUAAGUCAUGCAGUCCAUCGAACUUCGAUUGGUUGCCACUGGGCUAGAAAA